AUGACCUGUGGCGAAGAAGGGUUCGAGUUUGGCGAAGAAGUUCGCGCCGGAGCGCCUUUGAAGUUUUCCCACGCCACUUUGGUUCAUCAUGCCCUCGCCAGCGAAUUGUUCGUUUUUCAAUAUAUGUUUUCUUCAAAAGUAUUUUCUCAGUACUCAUUUUUGUCGGAACCCGGUGGAUGGCAUGUACGUGACGCCCAGUGCUUCUGAUCCUUUCAGUUAGUUUUUCGAUCCAUUUAGUUGGAAUUUAUCGUGAAGAUAUUAAGAAAUAUUAUUAACUACAUUUUUAGAAUGGUUUGGAAUACUUUUCAUUCGCCGGGGGAUUUUCGGCGGAGGAAUUUUUCGUUUCUCUCUGAAUGUUCCCAUGAAUUUCCCCUACACUUCUGAUUUGCCGGUAAAUUUUAUCUUUUCUCUUAUUUUGAUUCGAAUUUCUUUGAGGAAGUCAUAUUUGAUAACGCCAUUUUUCAUCCGCUGAUCGAGUUGAAAACUCGGAAGUUGGAUUUGUCUAGAUCUUUUCCCAACGGAUGGAAAACGGAGCGGCAUGACUUGCUACGGGUUUUAGUCGUCGUUCAGGUGAGUUUUUCGAAAAUUUGAAAAUUCGAAAUGUUAACAAAAAUGAUUGGAAGGCUUGAUUCUUGAUAGAAAUAACUGGAGUUUGUUGAUCUUUCGAAGAAAAGGGAAAAAUUUUUAUUUUAUAAGUAAUACUAUUCUAUUAAUUUUUCAUUGAUUAAAGAAGGUUGAAUUUUUCUUUUUCCGAUUCUCAAAUUGUUAUUAUCAUAGUUUUUGAAUAGAUUCUUUUUCAUUUUUCCCCCAACAAGCAGGAAAAUCUCAUAAUUUGAGAGAAGAAACGUUUUUCCUCCAUGGGAAAAAGUUUCGAAUGACUUUUUGUUCAGCAUGAAUUUUUUUAUAUGAGCGAGAACAAAAUUUUUUUAGAGAAUAUUCUUUUUCCUACGAGUACAACUGCGAGAAUUGCGUCAACCCAGAGGCGGCCAUUCUUUACAAAGAACAUAAGGAAAAAUUCAGGUAUUCUUUUCAGGUCUUUGUUGGAUUUUUUCCGUGUUUUCCGCGGGCACUUCUUGCCUUCUCCGAGUAGUUAUACCGUUGUUUUUGGUUUGAAAUUCAAAGAAAGAAUCGAUUAUUUUGAGGGAAAUGGCGAAAGAAGUCGUGGAAACCAGUCGAGCUCAAGUUUACGACGAACCUGUCGAUGCAGAGGACUUGAAUUGCAUUCGGUGGGUUUCGGUUAAAAAUAUGAAAACCUCCAAUCCCAACAAUGACUUUCGAUGUCCUUUGAGCAAUCGGCUGUUCUAGAGGGACCUAGAAAUUUUUCUCGUCUCUUUGAAAAUCAUUUCAAACGUGCCGAGUGAUCUGAACUGUAGGAAUGAAACCGCUCAACUUUGUACGUCUUUUUUUCUGAGAGAAUUCAUAGUUUUUAUCGACUAUUUUUCAUUGUAUUUUUUUAAGAAUACUCUAAUUUUUCACUCUAAUACUCAGACUAAUCAAAAACAAAAUAAAUUUUUGAGUCUCACAAAGCUUUCUGAAGUUGAACAGAAACCCGAGUAGCUAUACUGAAAACCAGAAAUCGUCGUUCAUGAAGAUAAAAAUAGCCGAGGCAUCUUUCAAACAUCUUUUUUUCUGAAUUUUUAAAUUGGGAUCAAAUAUCGUCUUUUUCGAGAAUCGCGUGUCCCCUUUUCACGUAUAUACAUGAUAAAUGUCGUAUUUUUUCUCCAAAGUUUUUUUUCUUUGCAGUUUGCAUUUUUCGGACCAGAGCCAUCAUAUUUAUCUUCAUUUUCUGAAUCUGAAAAAUAAAUUUUCCUUUGUCUCUUUUUUUGGUUUGCCAUCAAAAGUCGGCUUAUUUUUUCAAGAAGAGCGGAAAAGGCCAACUUAAAGUUUUAUUCAAAUUUUCAUUCGCUUUUUCGGAGAGGAACCUUAAUAAAAAAAAACUCCCCUUCUCUUCAUAAUUUCUAUUUGAAAUAACUUGCUUGAUGACUCAAUUUUUCACAUAGGUUUUUCAGCUGUCUAUUCUUGAUAAAUAAAAGUAGAAUCAAGAACGUUUACAAGAUGAAAUAAACCUCCUUUGUGGAGCUUCCAUUUUUGUUUUUUCGACCCAUUUUUGCUUUUCUUUUUCUUUUUUUUUACUUUAGCGGGAAAGUGGGCGGUCUGAAAGCGGGCUUUUUUUUGGAAUCAGCCGGCCUCCAAGAGCUUUAUUCAUUCUCGGUUGGCUGCCGAAAUGUGUGGCUGACGUAUUUUUUCGAGAAGAUUUUGUUUUCCACCUGACUGAUUUUGAAAAGGCUCAAACUUUCUUCGUAAUGACUCAAAUUCCGUCAACAAUUCUUUUCUUCAUUUUCUUCUCUUUCCUCAUUUAUUUCUAGGCUAUUUUCAUUGUUUUUCGACUAGGCUUUGAAACGAAAAGCUUUUGAAGGUUAUUUCUUUUAACUCUUUGUUUGCUAAACAUAUAGUAAUAGUUUGAAAGUAUUUGUUUUUAGUAAUUUUGAAAAUUUUUUUGGCUCAAACUCGAAGGUUUCUAGAUUUUCAUGGCCUCAAACUUUUUUCAGUAAAGUCAAAAGGGAGAAUUAUCAUAGUUAAGCUUGUCACAUGAAAUGAGUGUUAUAACCACAUUUAUCCUUUUCUGAGUACUUUGAGGAGUUGAGGUAGCGUUUUUUAGGGCGUGAAAACGAAGACAUUUUGAAAUGUACUGAUUUUUUAAGCUCCGAAGUUCCUUUUAGUAAGUCCAAGUGCGCAAUAAAAGGAAUAUUUCAGUUGAUUUCAUCUUCAAAGGUCUUGUACUUAUCAGUCUAAAUUAUCUUUUUUUUUUUUCGUCUCAGCUUGUCCUAUGAAAGUUCGUUUUAGUGAGGACGAAAGUACAAUAAGGAAGAUUUUGGUUGUUUUGGAUACGGAAUUUGUUUUCUUCCGAAAGGGCAAUUGCACUGGGAUAUUUCAUCGUUAAUUCUGAGAGAUUCGAGUUGUUUUUUCUUUUUCGCACAAGCUAUAAAACGAUUUUUUUUUCUCUUGAAAAUAUCUACUCGCUCACAGUUUCUGCAUUUUUCUCGUUUUGACAGCUUAGAGGUUUUUCUACGAAGUCUACUUGUAAAAGGCUGGCUGAAAGGAAACCUUUCUUGAAAUCAAAAAUAAUUUUUUGCGAAGCAUUUUCUGGCGACUGAUGCGAAGCAGUUCUAUCAAUGAUUGUCAAAUAUCAAUAAAGAAAAAUUGAACUUUUUUCGAGUUCUAGGCUAUCGAGAGCUGUGACAUGAAAAGCUCGAAUACUUUGGUGACAUGUUGUUUUUUUUUUUUUCGUAUUCUAUCAAAAAAAAAAUCCUUGUUCAAAAGACGAUGUUCUAGGUUUACUCCGUGGGACGCAAGUCUUCACGAGCCAAUACGCGAGCAAAUGAUUACGAUCGGCGGCAACUCGAAAGCGUCGCAGCGUGACAACGUGUCGCGGAAUGGCCUCGCCAACGCGACAGCGGCCGAGUUUCGACGAGAACGCGACGUGCGACAACGCGGCCCCAUAGCCGAGCUCGUCGGAAAACACUUUCCGAGAGCAUAUUCUUGGUUCGAUCCCGAGUCUAUGACCAUUCUGACGAGGAAACUCAGGGAGGGCGAGGUGUGUGUGUGUGUGUGAAAGGAUUGGGAGUUGGGACCAAACGAAAGAAAUAGCCCCUGAUUAAAGAAACAGAAAAUAAUUUCAACUACAACCUUCGAAAUUUUUAGUUUACUAUAUUUUAGUUGAGAAUUUCUUUUUUUUCAAAUUGAGUUGAUAACCCUUUCGUGCUACAACAUUUUUAAUUGAUAAGAAUGACGGAAAUUUAUUUUAUUCAGGGUUUUUUGAUCUCAAUAAGAACUUUCUCAGUUUUUUUUUUCAGUUAUUCAUUAUGAACAUUUUCAGACGGCGGCUUCUGAAGGCCCAGGUGCCGGUGUGAGUACUGCGCGCCUCGACCGAGAACGACACGGAAUCGAGCCCCUGGAUCUGAGUGGAAUCUCUUCCGAUACGCCUAAAACGAGUCCUGUCCAGGUGGAAAGAGAAGGAAAAAGCUGUUUUGAAGUUGCUGAUUUUCUAGAGAGGCUCGCAAAUUGGUGAGAAAGGUCCUGACGUCACGGUUGAUCAUUUGGAGAAGGUGAAUUUGAGUAUCGAGCAGCAAAGCGAAGAAAGCGUCAUUUGA